UUAAGAAAUAUUAUAACUAUUUAAGGUACCUACUUCAAAACUUCUAAUAUAUAUUUCUUAUCAUUAUACAAAUGUUGUGUGACAAGGUUCAUAACAAAUUUUCCUUUAAGAAAUAUUAUAACUUCUUUACUUAAAAAAGGUAUCUACUUCAAACUUCUAAUAUAUAUUUCUUAUCAUACAAAUGUUGCGUGACAAGGUGCAUAACUCUUGCGUGACUAUUCCCAGAGUUAUACCCCCUUGAACUUGUAAUUUAUGGUAACAAUGUUAUUUUACUAUUACUUCUUGUCUUAUGGAUAAGAGUUAUAAAACACAAGCUCCUGUUUUCCCAGACUUAUCUCCAUUUAAUUGUUAUGCCCCCUAUCAUAGAGUAAUUGAACAGUUUGUCCAUGCAUAUGUCAGUGCUAGGUUUACCUUUAACAGCAAGUUGCAUUUUUCUUAAGCACUACCUAUACCAAUGGCUUCAUACGCAAUUACUUAUCAACACAAUGUUCAUGAUCUCGGCAAGUUACAUUACUAUUUAUUCCAUUUUUACCAAUUAUUUGAAUAAUUGGUUAACCUAGGUCUUUAACACCAAGUUGGAUAUAUAUUAAGUUCUAUUUAUACUAAUAGCUUCAUAAUAACCACACUUAUCAAUACAAAGUACAUUAUAUUGCUAAGUUGUAUAACUGUGCUAUCUAUUUUGCCCUGUUAUAUAGAUUUUUAUCACUUAGAAAAUAGGGCAUUGUAUGGUUAACCUAUUCUAGCAAGUUGGAUUUAUCUUAAAUUUCUCCUAAUUACUUCAUUUAUUCAAUGAUAUCUUUCAUAUUUAGUAGGUGGAUACCUUAAAUGGUUCUCUAAUUUUUAUGGAGUAAGGGGUCUCCUUAGGUCAAGGUCUUUAGUGUAAAAUACAAAUUUAAACAUUUUUGCUCAUACAGCCUUUAUUUUUCAGUUGAUGUCACGCAUGUUUAAUACAAACUGCUAAGAAAGACAAACAUAAAAGCACAUCAAUUGUCUUUGAUUUAAAUUAUGAAAAUAACAGAAGAAAAAUUAUUUUUUUAACUUUAUAGAACUAAAGUAUGAAAAUGGAAAUAAUCUUAUCAUUAUCAACAUUAUAUAAUAUUAGUAAAGAGGAAAAUAAGAAAAUCUGCAAAUAUCACAUCAAUAGCCUGUUGAUUAUAUAUGUACAUGAAGUAAUGAAAAUAGCCUGUUGAUUAUAUAUGUACAUGAAGUAAUGAAAAUAAAAAUACUAAGCAUCAAUACAAGUGUAAGGGGACACAUAAUUAUGGUGAAGUUUAAUAAUCUUCUCAAAAACAGUUGGCAUACACUCAGUGGUAGUUAUUUGGAAAAAAAAAUGUUCCUUUGUUAAAGAAUUUUAUAAAUUUAGAUUUUCACUAGUUUAAUAUAUUAAUUCAUUAUUUAUUGACAUAUAUUAACUUUCAUAAAAUAGCUUUUUCAUGCUAACCUAGUUUUCACUGUUGAUGAAAUAUGAAAACAAUUUCUGUUUAAACAAUACAAUUAUCUUUUUUAGAACAAUAGUAUAUCCAGUAGUCAAGCAAUAAAUACUGCUCUCUUCCCUGGGUUCAGAACUUCCAGCAGAAAUAGUGGCAGGAACACUGGAAGGAGACUUGACAACAAAAAGCAAAGUGGUUGGACAGCAACAUUCUUCUGUUUAUCAUCUUCUAGUCAAACUAAAACACCAAGCACUGUGGAAAAAGAAAUUCUCAACAGGUGUGGAUUAGGACUUAAGAAAAUUAAACUCAACAACAGUUUUUCAGAACUUGAGGUUAUGUCUCAUAUUGAGAGUGAAAAUGGUUUCAGUAGUUUAAAGAACUGUGGUGGUUUUGAACUGCUCAGAACUCUGGCAAAUGGAAGAAAUUUAUCUUCUAUUCCAUCACCAUGGACAGCUAAAGACUUGAAACUGAAUGUUGGACCACAGGCUAGGAUAUAUAUUCGGCCAAUCCAACAUGAUAUUGACACAACAUUUAUUCCUUCUGAAACAGAAUCUUCUGUGAAAGUUGCUUGUGAAAAGUGUUCAGCUCAAAUAAAUGUCCACUGUCUUAGAGAGCACUUAAACUCUUGUUGUGAGAAUUUUAUAACGGUGAAUGAUAAUCAGAAUUAUGAGUUGUCAGGAGGACAAACAUCCAUAAUUAACAUAAAUCAAUCUGAAAAUGUGCCAAGAGGGGAAACUGAUAACAUAGUCCAGACAGAUACAACUGAAUAUGUGGUAUAUUAUGAACAGGUCCAGCCUAAUGAGAGCAAAGAUGAAUCUUCUGAAAUUCAAACAGAUGGAGUCUCUGAGCAUAUGUCAACAGAAUCUGUGCUUGAAUUAUCUGAUGUUGUAAUAAGCAUUAUACAAUACUGCAAGGAGAGGAACAUUAGCAAUCCUAUUGAAAUAUUAAGGAAAUGCCAAAAGGAAAUUGUUUUAGGAAGGUCUUUAGAGAUUGAAGACCCAGACACAAGUGUAGAAGGGAGAACAACUUAUAUAACUGUUGAUCGGGAUAAUAUACUGGCAACAAGUCUUGAGGAAAUUAGUGAAUUAACUCCACAUGACCUUCGAUAUACACUAGAAGUUCAAUUUUAUAAUGAGGUUGCUGCAGAUCUUGGUGGGCCUAGAAAAGAAUUUUUUAGGCUGGUAUUGCAAGAGGUUAAAGAAAAAUACUUUGAUAACGGAAUCAGAGAUUUACUACAGGAGAAUUAUUACCAAGUUGGGAUUCUAAUUGGUUUGUUUCAAAUUAUUUUGAUUAUGGAGUAUUGUUGAAUGUAGCUCUGUCUUUUAAAAAAGUUAUAAAGACCCAAAUAUUAAGUAUUCUGAUCUUGUGUAGGGAUACUGCUUUGUUUGCAGCACAGACACAUGUAUCACAUAUAUAUUUGAGACAUCCAGUUUUCAUGAAAUGAUAAAAACCAAGUCUUUAAAUUUUCACUUUUUUUCUUCAAAUGUUAAAAAGUCCUCAUUUCAUAAUAAAAAGUCUACAUUUCGUUUCCGCUCCAUAACUUUUAAACCGCUGAUUUUUUUAAAAAUAACUUGGCAAAAUUGAUCACCAUUAUAAGAAAAUGUGCAAAGCGCUUUAAUUGGGUUGCUAACCCCAAGGUCAAAGUCAGAUUUAAUGGUCAAAUGUAUAAAAGUCUACGUUUCGUGUCCCCUCCAUAACUUUUAAACCUCUGAAUUUUUUUUUUA